AUUUUUUAUUGACGUGUCAAUUUUUUUGAAAAGCAAAAAGUUUUAAACUCUUUUUUUUUUUUUUUCAACACGACUUCCGACAUGUUUGAGUGGCAGGUGACUACGCCAAUGGCAUAAAAGCAGGAAGUAAGAAUAAUGGCCACCAGGGCUCCAUCCAGCCAUCGGACUCUGAUGGAGUCCAAGCUGAAAAUAGGGCACCGCUUUGGGGGUGUGACAUCGUUGAGUGCCCGCGAUGGUACGGUGCCCUGUCGCGGAGAACACGGGGAACUUCACCCGCUGCCCUGACGUGACGGUGUCUUACAAAGACCAAGUGGCAUGUGGCGGGAACGUGUUCGGCGUGGCGCCGUCCGGCCGAGUCGUCCAUCGGGCAGCCGCCGCGCUGCUGAGGCGCUUCGGGUGGACGCGUGUCGGACUCGUUACGCCGCGGGUGGAUUCGGAGAUGACCGAGGACUUGAUGAGUCAGAUGGACGUCCGGCCGGUUUCCACGGCGACACUUCCGGAUCUCGACUGCGGUGGCCUUCUGGAGAUGCAGAAACGCGACGUGCGCAUCAUUGUCAUCAUCGUCGGCCUCCUUCAAGCGAAUGAAGAUUGGCCCGCUCAAGUAUUCUGCUGCGCUUCCAGGCUGGGAAUGUUCGGCGCGCGCCAUCAGUGGAUCGUGGCGGGGGGACACCCGACACGGAUGUCCGGGUCCCUGGUUGCCGGUUGCGCGUCCCACGAUUUGACGGCGGCGGCAGACGGCGCCAUCUGGCUGUCCGACACGCUUGACGGACAUUCUGAUACCCCGAGCAUUUCUGGACGGACUCGCGGAGACCUUGAGCGGGCAUACAGGCGAGAGGUCCGACGCCACGCGGGGAGUCAGGCCGGUGCUCUUCACGCCUACGCCUAUGACGCCGUGUGGGUGGCGGCCAUAGCGCUGAGUCGCCUGGCGGAGGCCCAAAAGCGCCGCCGGAUACUUGAGGGAAAUGUCGGCGAGGAGGACGCGAUCCGGGCCUUGAGGACCGUUCUCGCGCGCACGCGCUUCCGAGGCGUCACGGGAAGCGUCUCCUUUCGGCGCGGCCGACGACUCUCCUCCAUCCACGUCGUCCAGACUCAAGGUCGCGCCGGCGUGUCUGUUGGCGAGUUUGACGGCGAGACCGAUCGGUUGCGACUGUCCGCGCGUCAGCUGAAGUUCAUAGGUUCUUCCGCGCCCAGAGACGGCACGGAGGGCGUCGGCAUUCUGGGUUACGGCAUCCUGUCAACGGCGGCCGCGGUCACGGGGGGCGUCUCGCUGAUCGUCCUCUGUGCCGCGCGCAGACCCUCGUCCCGGGACGCGCCGACGACGACCGCCGCAAUGGCGGCCGUCCUCCUCUCCGCCGCGUCCGUCGUCGCCGCCGGUCCCGACGGAGACGUUCUCGGACGGGAGACGGCACACGCGCUCUGCUCGCUGCGCACGUGUCUGCUAUGUUCGUCUCACACGCUGGCGUCGUCGUGGCUCUUGAGCUACAUGUGGCGCCGCUCGGCAAGCGGAGCCGAUGCCCCGGCCGCGUGGCGCCUGGCGCCACUCUUCACCUCGGCGGACAUCCUCCUUCUGAGCGUAUGGCUGACGGCAAACCGUUCGCAGGUGGGUCCGUCUGCCUGUGCCGACCGACGGAAACGUGACCGCUCCCUCUUUCAGAUCGAUCUGGCCAUGCGGAGCGCAUCGGAAUGCCGCGGCGACGGCGCAAAUGCCUGGUCGGCGGCCGUGUUCGCUUAUAAGGCGCCGCUCUUGGCCUGUGGCUUUUUGCUGUCCUUCCUGACGCCCGGACAAAACCACGUGGAUGCGCGGCCGGCCCACGCAUGCGCCGCCUGGCUGCUGUGGGCCAGCACGUGGGCAACUUCGGCGCUGCCGGCAUUCGCCCCUUUACCGGAAUGGCGCGCCCUCGACGCUGCAGCGCUUGCCUGCGACGUCGUCGUCAUCACAGUCUUUGCCAGGCUACUCUUCGAACGUGACGGCGAGCUCGUCGAAUCGGAGGACGGCGCAGUGGAGGAUGAGGAACUCCUGAAACUCAGGUGGCGCCUGGAGCGUCAAAACGCGGAGCUGGACACGCAAAAGCAGGCGCUGUGCGCACAACUCAGCGAGGCAGAGAUCGACCAGCACCGGUCAAGAAAUAGCGAGGCGACGUCAUCGUGUGACAACCACGACGUCAAUUCUCCUGAACUUGUGCGUCGGCGUUUGUCGCUGCAGCUUCCGAUCCUCCACCUUUCCUACCUUCCCGCCGUGGGCGGCGUCAGCGCCAGUAGCUCCGCCCACUUCGACGCUUAAACGCUUGUCCGACGGGCCCCGAGAGAACUCGUUUCCAAAAAGUCACGUUUGCUUGUUUUGUGAAUGAUGCUUUGAUGUGUUUGACGUUUCAAUAAAUGUGUUUUUUACAAUUGACAUUACUUUUUACUCUUUAACUGACUGGCUGCCGUUGGCGGCCAUAGAUGUCUAAUCCAUUUGGACUGGGAGGGCUAGUUUAUGUGGCUAUAUACAUAUAUUUAAAGAGAUUGUCAAUUUAUAUGUUUUCAUCGUUAUUUGAUCACGUUGUCAAGUCGCCUAGCCACAAGAGGGCGUCACUGACCGAUUCCCGAGAACUGAAACAAAAUUGUUUUUUUUUUUCAAAGUGGAUGAUACAGUAGAAACUGACACGUGCGUACAUGCAAGUGUUGUUGAUGGGCCGAAGAUGAUGCCAGAGUGAACAAUUGGCUGUUUGCGCACGUGCUCAUUAGCGCCGAGCUUGCUCUAAUUUCUCGUUCGCCGCGGCAACAUGGCCGCAUUCCGAAGCUCGCUGCACGGAACUUCUUUUGUGGUGGUCCUGGCGGAGUUGGCGCACGUGACGCUCAUAUCAUCCGGAUUGCACGUUUUGGCUUCGUGACAGGAAGUUCUCAUUGGCGGCCAUUAUGGCGCUAGACGG